AUGGAAGAGCACAUCUCUCCCGACUACUAUGAUUUGGAUGAUAUCCUCGCCGAACAGGAGCGCGUGACCUGCCAGGUGCGCCUCCGACUGCGCUCGUCGGAUCUACAUCUGAUUGGCCUUGGUGAGCCGGUUGACCGAAAGACCAAGCAGUUUGAGAUCCCCUUUUGGUUGGCCCAGGGGCUGGAGAGCAAGAUGGUCGUCACGACAAAUGUCCCACGUGCGUUUGGGCCUCGCGCGGGAGCCGCACUGAAGGCGGACCCUGUUGGUGCUGAUCUGCGCACGGUCGAGGGUGGCGGCAGUGGGCAAUACUUCCGUCUGGGCCAGAAAAUCGCCACGCUGUGCGUCCUCCAUGUCACCCUUCUUCCCUUUUGUCAUGUUGCCCGCUCCCGAGCCCCUGACGCCAUUCGGUUGCUGCUGAGCAGGAAGCAGGAUUAUGCACUGGGUGAGAUGCUCCACGAGGCCUACACUUCGCGCCUGUCGCAUGUCCUGCACACGGCCCAUCGGGCCAUGGCUCGUGACGUGUCGACCGAUCUGGAGAGGCUCGAUGCCUGCGAGCGCGAGGUCUUCCGCUUGGCAUACUGGGCCGCGUCGAUGUCCUCGCAUUGGCGCAAGUCGGCCGGUGUCAGCGGCCUGAACAGGCUAACUGCAUCCACCUUAUCACGCGAGGUGGGCGGCGCGGCCGCGGCCGCGGCCAAACGCAACCUCCCCGGGGACUCGUCCUUCCGAGCGGCGGACACUCGCGAUCCGGCCGGCGAUGCUUCUGGCGCGGCCUCCCUGACAGGCUACGAGACGGCCGCCUCGCUUGCCUUGGCCGUCACGUCGACCACCCAAAAGAAGGCACGCUUCGGAUGA